UGUGCAUAAUUUGGCUAGAAUUGCACAUUUCCACAAUAAUGUACCGCUAUGCAAAUUAAUAUUAUUUUUUUCACUAACUUUCUCCUUAUUCUCGCUCCUCUCUCUCUCCACCACAGGUUUCGUUGGACAAGGUAUUGGCUUCACGUAUCGCGAAUACUUGGUCUGGUACAUCCUGUUCGUGAUAUUUGUGCCGUAUGCAAUGCUGCCGUUGCCACUGAAAUGGUGUGUCGUCGGCGGUACUAUCACAGCCAGUUGUCAUCUGGCCGUAAUUACCAUAAUUAAAGUUAGACGGAAAGAACAAGCUGAUUGCAUUGUAUUUCAAAUAUUCGCCAACUUCAUUUUGUACACGGCAAUUAAUGUGGCUGGCAUGUACACCAAGUAUCUGACGGACCGUGGGCAGCGCCUUGCUUUCAUCGAAACACACAAAGCGAUGGAACAUAAAAAAGAGUCGGAAAAGGAAUUGCAACGAACACAAAAAUUGCUGGACUCAAUACUUCCGAAUAUAGUGAAUAAUCAAAUUCGCGCUGAGAUGUAUAAAGGCACAGAUCCCACUGUCGAAACGCAAUUUAAUAAACUCUAUGUGUAUCCGAUGGAUAAUGUUAGCAUACUGUUUGCUGAUAUUAAGGGUUUCACUGAACUGGCAAGUAAAACGUCCGCCCAACAGCUUGUGAAAAUUCUUAAUGAUCUGUUUGCUCGCUUUGAUCGUAUCGCCGAGGACAAUCACUGUUUGCGUGUGAAACUCUUGGGCGAUUGCUAUUAUUGUGUGUCACAGUUCGAGAGUGACAAUUGGAAGACCCGGCCGGAUCAUGCGGUAUGCAGUGUGGAGACUGGACUGCAUAUGAUAAAGGCCAUCAAGGAUGUGCGACUGCAUACGCAUGUUGAUCUGAAUAUGCGCAUUGGCAUUCAUAGCGGCUCAGUGAUGUGCGGCGUUUUGGGCAAUAAAAAAUGGCAUUUUGAUGUUUGGUCCAACGAUGUUAUUAUUGCCAAUCAUAUGGAAUCUGGCGGUAUUCCUGGACGCGUACACAUUUCGGAGGCCACAUUGAAGUGCCUCAACGAGGCCUACGAAGUGGAGCCCGGCAACGGUGGUAGUCGUGACAAUCACUUGAAAAUGUUGAACAUCAAAACGUAUCUGAUAAAACGCACUGAGCCAUUAAGACCGAAACGUCGCUUUGGCACGCGCAGCAGUCAACAUUUGGCCAACACCAUUUCAAGUGCGACAGCUGCGGGUGGCAGCGAUGCCAGCACCCCAACUGCCGUCACAACACCCGCCAGCAUCGCUUCCAAAUCCAUAUCCACCACAACUGGUGUGGAAGCGCAACAACAACAGCAACAGCAACAGCCACAGCCACAACCACAUUUGCCCCCCAAUCCUCUACCAUCGCUCGCUGCGCUACAAAAGAAAAAUAUUUCGGUAAACUCAUUGCCAAAUGUAAUGGAAGGUGUUGCGUUGGGUAAUGGUGGACGUGCAGGUGAUGGCAUCAAUGGGCCUAGAAGCAUCGCAGGUGGCGGUAGUGAUAGCGCUGGUGGCAUUGGAGCUGGCGAUACAACUGGCUUGUCGACUGUUUCAUCGCCUACAACGCUGACUGCGCCUACAGUGGUCGAUCAACAGCCGCCGCUAAAAUUGAACGGCACUGCAGCGAGUGCUCAGAACCUGACCAGCACAAUUGACCCGAAAGCAUUGAUUAUUGAGGAUGAACCGACCACUGAAUGGACGCCGGAAAUUCCAUUUAAAAAUUGCGAAUCUCUGGAUAACAUGGCUCUUUUGCGGUGGACAUUGCGAACUAGUAUGACUGAUUAUUAG